AGAUGUCCUUUUCCCACAUCUACCGCUCCUUGUUUGUUGACUCCCUCCUGCCAGGGAGUGGACACAGAACCACCGAGGUCCUGGAGACCUUGAUUUUCUUACGUCCAGAGGGCCCACCCGCAGCUGGGCAGAGCCUGGCUCAUGACACGCGAGUGGGAACGAUCAUAAAAGAGUACGCGACCAAAGGGAAAGAUGUGUUCCAGCAGGCCUUGAGGAGAGCGACUCAGAAGCUCUCUCGCCAGCCGGCGACCCCUCGUGGCUCACCUCAUGCGGCCAAUCCAGAGAGCUCAGAGCGUCCAUCUCUGCUGGUCUCCUCUGAGAACUGCGAGAACCUGCUUGGUGCGAUCCUAGACGAUCUCCAUGAGGUGGUUGAGCAGCACAAGGCCUCAGCAAAGGCGAGAUCUGGUGGCAUGAAGUUCUGGGAGCAGGUCCACUCCUCCAGCCAGCAGCUUUAUGACAGCACACUGAGGACCCUGCAGAAAGCUGCAGACAAGCUGUCGGCUCUUGAAGAACGUGUAUCUGAGAUCGUCCCUCCGAAGGCGUCCAUCUCUUGGACCAAGAGGACCCUUGGGGUGAUUCUCAGUGCCAUGAGAGCAGAAGUAGCCGCUUCAGAGUGCUCCACUGCUGAACUGAAGAGGAGUGAGGACGGCCUCCUGACCUGUGCCCUCUUGGACUCCAUACUGGAGAAUCUCAGCCAGUUAUGUGAGGACGAAGAGGGUCCAACAGUCUCCAACGCCGCCGUAGGACUGGACUCCGCCGGAUUGGACGCGCUCCAGAUCAAGACCGCCUCAGAGAGUCUGCUCGCCGACGUCCGUCGGCUCCGCCGGCAGACAGCCACCACCGGCCUGCAUCUUCAGAGCCCCGUGAGCUCCACCAGAAGCACGUCAGAGCUGAUGCUCCCAGAAAGCCCCCCGAUGCCCUCCAGACAGGAGCUCAUCCACAGCUUUGCUGAGAGCUCGGUUAAGAGUCAGCUGCAGAAGAGCCUUGAGCUGAACCUUCCCUCGACCUCCAGCCUGGCCUGCCAGGAGACCCUGGACCGCACGGUCAGGAUCCUGACGGAGAGAGUGAUGGACACUCUGUGUGAGUCUGCUGCUGCAGCUCCGUGUCCUGGGGAAGAUCUCGGUGAGCUCAGCCCUGCAGCGGUCAUCAUGGAUGCUGGGACAGCGUCGACCUCUGCAGGAGAGACGAGAAAGGCUAAGAAGGGCUUGAAGUGGUGGAGCCUGCCGAAGAAAGCCAAGCUCUUCAAGAACAAGUUCCUGAAGAGAAAGACGGAGCCCAAGAAGCCCUCAGCCCAGGAGGAGCUUCCCCCCAGCUCUCACGUCACACCUGGGACUAAGUGUGGUUCGCCUGCCAAUCUGGAGCUGUCGAAGGACCACGAGACCAAGCAGGAGCCCCCUAGACGUCCUCUACACGUACGAAUGUUCCGUGCGCUUCGAAAGUCCAUCGCCAAGACCUUCGAGAUGUCUGGGAGCCAGUAGGACGGCCUACUGAUUUAAGUAGUGAGAGUGAGAAUGGGUGCUCCUCGGGGUCAAAUUACUGGGACAAGACUUGACUGAGUCCAGUCUUAGUCUCAAAC